AUGCAAGGCUUCAACAUGGGCCGCUACAUCCCGCCUGACCUCGAAGGCCGGGUGUCCGCCAACACGGCCUCAGGCAAGGGUCACGCGCUCGGUUCGCGCGCCCGCAAGCUCAAGUCCGAGGGCAUCCUGACCGUGCGGUUCGAAUGUCCGUUUCCCAUAUGGUGCACGACAUGCCAUCCCGAGCAAAUCAUCGCGCAAGGCGUGCGGUUCAACGCGGAGAAGAAAAAAGUAGGCGCCUACUUCAGCACGCCCGUUUGGGAAUUUCGGUUCAAACAUACGCUGUGCGGCGGGUGGGUGGGUGUGCGCACGGAUCCACAGAACGCCGAAUAUGUGGUCACUGAGGGCGGGAGACGGCGGGAUUUCGGGACAACAGCAGACGAUGGUGUGGGGCCACGCGCAGUCACGGAGGAGGAGAAGGACAGGCUGGAAAAGGACGGCGGGUUCGGCGCCGUGGAGAAGAAAGUCGCGGACAGGACUGUCGCAGAGACGCAGAAGGCCAGGCUGGAGGAGUUGAUGCGCGCGAGUCGGCGCGACUGGGAAGAUCCGUACGAGAAGAGCAGGUUGUUGAGGCGGGGAUUUCGCGUCGGGAGGAGGAAGAGGCAGGCCGACGAGAGGACGGGGGAGGCCUUGAAGUUUAAAUUUGGCCUCGCGGCGGAGAUGGAGAUGUUGCCCGAACGGGAGGAGGAUAACGAGAGGGUCAAGUUCUUGGAGUUUGGCGAGCAGAGCGGCGGACCGAAGGAAGGCUUGAGCUCGAGUAAGCCGUUGUUUCGGAGGGGCAUUACCGCCACUGGUGGUGGUGGUGGGGGCUCCUCGAAUGCUGCCUCGACUACGGGCAAGGUCAAGGCAAAAGCCGACAAGAAGGAGAUGUUGGGCAACGCAUUGAGAGGCAACUCCAGAACUGCGGUUGAUCCGUUCCUGCGCGACGAUAAUCUCUGGCAACCGAGGGUGAAACGGAAACGAGAGGACGGACAACCUGGAAGGGAGCUGGAGGAGAGGAAACCUGCUCCUGUUGAUGGCGGCACCAACGUGGCGUUGGUCGGUUAUGACUCGGAUUCAUCAUGA